ACAGAUAAAGAUUAAACUAGUUUAUUAGAAUUUGAUUAGCCUUUCUGAAGAUGUCGUAUAUAUCUGAGUGUCCAGUUACAGAAAGUGCGUGGAAUCAGAGGUCAGUGGUCAAAGCCUGUUCACCACCAGGUAACUAUCACUGUGUCAGGACCCAGGAUGGUGGAAUACGUGAACUAUGUACACACCCUAUCUGGAUGCAAGCAGGAAAAUGUCCCUAUUAUAACAAAGCCGGUAGACUGGAUUCUAGUAACUGUCGACGGAGGAGAACGUUGAAGUGCCCUACAGCCGUGUACAUAUCAAACCAGGUCUUCAAGUACCCAUCAUGUUUUCCUGAAAAAAGGGAAGUUACAACAGAUCUAGAUAAGUCACUACCAACUUCUUUUGUUCAACAAAACAUUACAUUACCUGUAAACCAUGGCCCUGAAGAAAGUGGAGGGGAUAAUUCAGCACUAGCUGCAUUGAUACUCUUUGUCCUUCCUUUGGUGUUGGCCAUUGUGAUAUUCUGGAAGAGAAAAGAAAUAUAUAUGUGGAUCAACAACAAACAGAAAAGGCGGCAAAAAAUGACAAGCAAGAAAGAUUCUACGGAUCUACCUCUAGAUAAAGAGAGGCACGAUUAUGAUGGUGAUAUAGAAGAAGGUAACAUAGAGAAAAAAACACUGCUAGAUAAUCCAGAGAAAACUAUCAACGAAAAUAAAGACGACAUGGUUAUUUUUGCUGAAUCUCCAGAAGGCUUACAAAAAAUGUUAAACACACUGUACAAUUAUACUGAAGAAUGGAGCCUUUCUGUUAAUGUAACAAAAACAAAGAUUGUUGUCUUUAGAAAUGGUGGUAAAUUACGCAAUAACGAAUCCUGGUUCUACAAUAAUGCUGAAUUAGAAAUUGUGAAUGAAUUUAAAUAUCUAGAUAUGUUAUUUAACUUUAAUGGGAAAUUUUUAAAAACGCAGAAGCAUGCUGCUGAACAAGGAAGAAAAGCUAUGUUUGCUAUUUCAAGUAAAUUAAAGAGGUGUGGGGAAGAAAACCUCAAUCAGUUUGAUUUAUUCAGAGCUCGGGCGUUUUCCAUUAGCAGUUACAAUGAAAUUAAGAAUUUUCAAAUAUUGGAUCAAACUGAGAACAACUGA